UUCAAAUCACACACAGAAAACGGAAGUAAACAUUCAACAACGUUAAAGGGUAUUCCACAUUUUCAAGCUUUGAAUCAUCAAAAACAUCCAGCUAGGGUUUGAAAUUUGAUUUUAGAUAACACAAAAUCAAAAUCAAACCCCAUAUUUUGGAGACCACCACUUUCUUUUUCUUUGGUCAAUCUUUUACAUUAGUUCAAAAGAAUUCAAAGACGUGUACAGUGUGAUUAUUUUCCACGAUAGUUUGUGGUAUAAAUAAGGUGAGGUUGAGGUUUGUCAUAAUCAUCAUUCAUCCAAGCAGAGAUCUUCAGCUUCAUAUUAUAUCAGUUUAAACAGAGCGCAAGUGUUUGGAAAGAACUGGAAUCUUGAUUCAAGGAGCUUUUUAACUGUUAUGGGUUUAUCCUUCUCACUAUUAUCAUCAGCCUGGGAAGAAAUCUUGAAACAUGGCUUCCUAGAUCUCCCUUACGAUCUCGAUAACCUCGAAAACCGAUUAAGAUCCGAUAGUUUCAAGAAAACCGAAUCGGAAUCCGAAGUGAUCUCCAAAAGUUCCACUGAUUCUUGUCCUACCAGUGGAAGAAGAAACUCAAUCAGUUUAAAGAACUGUGAACCCUUGAAGAUCAUGCUAGAAACCACCCUUUCUUUCAAGAAUUUGCUUCAGGAUAUCCGAAAGCCCGAAUCCGAAAACCCGAAUCUUGAAACGGGUUCUGCAAACCUUCUCCCCGAACCCGUUGUUUUCUUUUCGCCCCGACCUGUUAGUGAACUCAAUGCUGCAGCUACUACAGUUCAGAAAGUAUACAAAAGCUACCGAACACGAAGAAGCCUAGCCGAUUGUGCCGUUGUUGCUGAAGAACUAUGGUGGAAGGCUUUAGAUUUUGCAGCUUUGGACCGAAGCUCCGUUUCGUUUUUCAAUGUCGAGAAACACGAAACUGCGGUUUCACGGUGGUCGAGGGCUCGGACUAGGGCUGCUAAGGUGGGAAAGGGCUUGUCGAAAGACGAAAAGGCUCAAAAACUGGCCUUGCAACAUUGGCUCGAAGCGAUUGACCCACGCCAUCGCUAUGGCCACAAUUUGCAUAUCUACUAUGAUCUUUGGUUCGAAAGCGAAAGCAGCCAACCCUUCUUCUACUGGUUGGAUGUCGGAGAUGGCAAAGAAGUAAAUCUCGAGAAGUGUCCGAGGGCGCGUAUGCAACGUCAAUGCAUCAAGUACUUAGGACCCAACGAAAGGGAAUCAUACGAAGUGAUUGUUGAAGACGGAAAGCUCAUUUUUCGGCAAAGCGGUUUGCUUUUGGAAACCAUCGAGGGUUCCAAAUGGAUCUUCGUUCUAAGCACAACGAGGAACUUGUACGUUGGCCAGAAAAUGAAAGGGCUUUUUCAGCAUUCGAGCUUUCUAGCCGGUGGCGCCACCACCGCCGCCGGACGAUUAGUCGCCCACGGCGGAGUUCUUGAGGCUAUUUGGCCAUACAGUGGUCACUACCUUCCAACUGAAGAGAAUUUCAGGGAAUUCAUUUGUUUCUUAGAGGAAAACCAUGUUGAUCUCACAAAUGUAAAGAGAUGUUCGGUUGACGAUGAUGACGUGAGUGUCGGCUUUUCGUUUAAGGUCGCCGAGAACGAAACAAAGCCUAAACCACUGGUCAUUCCACAUCCAAGACCGGUGGACAUUCUUCGUACACCUACUCGUGUUGAGCGUCCAAGUGCAUCUAAAGUAGACGCACCCAGGCCAGUUUCGGCCCGUCGGCUGGAAGAGAUCAAGGCAAGCCCAAUGCGGUACGACCUGGCUAACCGUUUGUCUUGCAAGUGGUCAUCCGGAAACGGGCCCCGAAUCGGCUGCGUUCGGGAUUAUCCACUGGAGCUACAAUCCCGAGCCCUUGAACAGGUCAACUUAUCUCCUCGUGUCGUUCCUGGGAACUUUGCGAAUUACGGUCCAAUCCCGUCCCCAAGGCCGAGCCCGAAUGUUCGACUUUCACCAAGGCUUUCGUACAUGGGACUCCCGAGCCCGAGGACCCCCAUGGCUGCUGCUAACUGAUAAGGUUACGAACGCAAGUUAUGUUCGUUAUAUAUCGUGUUGGUCCCACUUCUUAACGACUCGGAAACAAAAACCGUGAGUAUUGGUCGUAUGUAAAUGAAGAUUGGGACCCACAAAACGAUGACGUGAUUCCUUAAUUUAAUUGUUUAUUUUUUUAAUCCUCUAAAUGACUUUGUAUCUUUUAUGACUUCCUUUUGGUGUUUUUUAUUUGAUAGUAUUGUAACCAGUAAAGUGUACAAGUUCUUUGUUUUGAAUAGCAUAAAGCUUACUCAUAUACAUUGAGAAUUCAAUGUAUAAAACAUUCAUUUUA